UAUGUUGAUAUUCGUUUUAUAUUCAGUGUAACAUAAUGCCUAUCAAGAGUGUGUGGUUAGUUACUGUUGCCAUACAAGUGUUUUCUAUGUUAACGUUGUUUAGUCUAUGGAUUAAUCCCGGAAAUGACGUGUACGUUGGGAAACUAGAAUCGGAACCAUUAACUCAGGCAUACUCUAGACAACUGGAUACGGUCCAUAAUAAAAUCAAACAUUGUCACCAGGAUUCGCCACGUGAUCCGUUGGCAAAAAAAUGCUUACCGAGUCCAAAUAUAGAUGGCACGUGCUCAAUAUAUAUUAGAGGUGACAGAAAACGAAUCCAACCACUGAGAUUUAAUCCAACCGGAAGUAGAAAGUACUCUAGCUGUAAGCUCACAGAACUAGUGAGAAACUGUGAAACACUUCGCACUGCACACGAGUACAUUACUGACGGGGUCUCACAGGAGGAAAGCGAUUUUCCAUUGGCAUUCUCCAUCAAGCUUCAUAGAGAUCCAGAGCAGGCGGAACAGUUACUCCGAACUAUAUAUAGACCUCACAAUGUGUAUUGUUUGUAUGUGGACGGAAAAGCCCAUCAAAUAGUAUACAACCUUAUACUGAAUAUCAGUAGAUGCUUUCCGAACGUUCACGUCAUUCGGGACCGCAUUAACGUUAUAUACGCUAGUUCUGCCCACGUGAUCAGCGAUUUGCAAUGUAUGCGCAAAUGCACAGAGUCCGGUGUAAAAUGGAAAUAUUACAUUAACCUUACAGGACAGGAGUUUCCGCUCAAAACUAAUUUGGAAAUUGUUAGAAUUUUAAAAUCUUUAAAUGGUGCUAAUGACAUUGAAUCAUACAAUCACCCGGUGCUACAAAAAUGGAGAUUCUCCAAGAAAUAUAGGCUUACUAGAACGAGUAACGUGGAAACGACUGAGGAUAAAGAACCGUUUAGGUACAAACUUCAAAUGAGUAAGGGCAGUGCGUACGGGUCAUUCUCACGCGCGUUUGUUGAUUUCAUUCUAAAGGAUGACGUUGCGCAGGAAUUUAUUACUUGGUUAAACAAUACUUAUUCACCAGAAGAAAACGUUUGGGCGACAUUGAAUACAUUUCCAUGGGCUCCAGGAGGAUAUGAAACAGAAAUACGUCACAUUUUCGGUAACUUCCUGUCACGUGCCAUCAUUUGGGAAAACGACAAAGUCUCUUGUGAGGGACGGUAUAUUCGAGGUGUGUGUGUGUUUGGAAGAAAAGAUUUGACUUGGCUCACAAGUCGACCGCAAUUAUUUGCAAAUAAAUUUAAUUACAAAAUGGACACUAUUGCCAUUGACUGUCUGGAAGAUAUCAUUCGCAACAGGACAGUAUCCAAUAACAUGGACAGUCUGAGUUGGUAUUACUACAGAAACCUUCCACACGCCAAACAAUACUCAACUCGUAGUGAAGAUGUCAUAUUACACGAGAACAAGGACAAAAAAGAACAGUGGUUGCGCGCGCAAGUUGAAAAAAGCGUAGACAAUAACAAAAUCGAUCUACCGAUGAGGAAAGAGAAAUCCGACAUUCUCAACGUGCUGGGUGGAACGAUGACAAUGUACAAAGUUCACGGGAAGGUGUUGUGAAGCUUUACUGUGGUAUAUUUAUUACAGUUGAUUCAUUUGCAC